UCCUGCGCGCCACCAUGAGCUCCCGCACGGCCAGGACGCUCUUCACCGCCGUCGCCCUCCUCCAGUUUGCCGGGCUGGUGAGUUCUGCUGCCUCCGCUUGCGACUGCCCCCUGGAGGCGCCCAAGUGCGCCCCGGGAGUCGGGCUGGUCCGGGACGGCUGUGGCUGCUGUAAGGUCUGCGCCAAGCAGCUCAACGAGGACUGCAGCAAAAUGCAGCCCUGCGACCACACCAAGGGGCUGGAAUGCAACUUCGGCGCCAGCUCCACCGCUCUGAAGGGGAUCUGCAGAGCUCAGUCAGAGGGCAGACCCUGCGAAUAUAACUCCAGAAUCUACCAGAAUGGGGAAAGUUUCCAGCCCAACUGUAAACAUCAGUGCACAUGUAUCGACGGCGCCGUGGGCUGCAUUCCUCUGUGUCCCCAAGAACUUUCUCUCCCCAACUUGGGCUGUCCCAACCCCCGACUGGUCAAAGUUAACGGGCAGUGCUGUGAGGAGUGGAUCUGUGACGAGGAUGGUGCCAAGGACCCCAUGGAGGACGGGGACGACCUCCUGGGCAAGGGGCCCACAUUCGAUGCCUCCGAGGUGGAGUUAACGAGAAACAACGAGUUAAUUGCAUUUGGAAAAGGUGGCUUCCUGAAGCGGCUCCCUGCUUUUGGACAGGGCCCUCGCAUCCUAUACAACCCUUCUCUACACGGCCAGAAAUGUAUCGUCCAAACAACUUCAUGGUCUCAAUGCUCUAAGACCUGUGGAACUGGUAUCUCCACACGAGUUACCAAUGACAACCCUGAAUGCCGCCUGGUGAAAGAAACCCGGAUCUGUGAGGUGCGGCCUUGUGGACAGCCGAUGUACAGCAGCCUGAAAAAGGGCAAGAAAUGCAGCAAGACCAAGAAAUCCCCGGAACCGGUCAAGUUUACUUAUGCCGGAUGUUCAAGUGUGAAGAAAUACCGGCCCAAGUACUGCGGUUCCUGCGUGGAUGGCCGGUGCUGCACGCCCCAGCAGACCAGGACGGUGAAGAUGCGCUUCCGUUGUGAAGACGGGGAGAUGUUCUCCAAGAACGUCAUGAUGAUCCAGUCCUGCAAGUGCAACUACAACUGCCCGCAUGCCAGUGAGGCCGCGUUUCCCUUCUACAGGCUGUUCAAUGACAUUCACAAAUUUAGGGACUAAAUGCCACCUGGGUUUCCAGCACAAGGGUGGACAGAAGGGGGAGAAGAGUGCCGGAAUCAUGGAGGCACGGGUGGGGGCGGUGGGGGUGAAGGGACUCGUUGUAGAAGGGAUGCAUUUGCUCAUUCUUGAGUAGUAUUAAGGUAUUUUGAAACUGCCAGGUGUGCUGGUGCAGAUGGACUCUAAUGCAGCUGCAAUUGGAGAAUACUUUGCUUCAUAAUAUUGGAGCACAUGUUACUGCUUCAUUUUGGAGCUUGAGGUGUUGAUGACGUUCUGUUUUCUGUUUGUAAAUUAUUUGGUAAGCGUAUUUUUCUCUAGGCUUCUUUCCUUUCGGUUCUGCAAUUGUAAGAUAGUAAGAUUAGUUGGACAGUUAAAGCCUUCAUCCUUUGACAGAAAUACACGGGAGGGGGUUCCAUUCCUUCCUGAAGGUGACACUCUGUGAGUGUCCGUGAGAGGCAGCUAUCUGCACUCUAAACUGCAAACAGAAAUCAGGUGUUUUUAAAACUGAAUGUUUUUAUUUAUCAAAAUGUAGCUUUCGGGGAGGGCGGGGAAAUGUAAUACUGGAAUAAUUUGUAAAUGAUUUUAAUUUUAUAUUCAGUGAAAAGAAUUUAUUUAUGGAAUUAAUCAUUUAAUAAAGAAAUAUUUACCUAAUAUCUGAGUGUAUGGCAUUCCAUAUUUUUAGAGAUUGUCCAAAGUCAUUGGAAGCAAUCUAGCUUAUCCACUCAAUCAUUCAAACCGGAUUUAUUGAGUGUCUGCUUUGUGCCAGGAUCUGUUCUAGUGCUUGGGAUAGAACAGGGAAAUGACCUACAAAAAUAAAACAAUGAUUGCUUUUAUAUCUUCAGUAGAAAAAGAUCCUUGCAUUUAAAAUAAUCUGCAUUAAAAAAAAUGUAUUGAACACCAGGCAUUGUAAGAAGCACAAGAAGGAAUCCAAAGCCAACUUUGUGAUUUAAAUAAUAAUGCAUUGUUUUUAUAAGAAAUCAAAGCCCAGGGGUCUCCCUCACCCAGUCACUGUGAGGUGGGUACAGUAAUUUAUCAUUUUAAUCACCAGGUUAUUGUGCAUGUCACUUCAGGAGAGAGAAACUUUAAUGAAAGCAGUCCAUAGCUUGUAUAUAUCUACACUCGGGUAAGAUUAAGUCUGGUUAGAUAAUGUGUUAUAAAAGAUGGCUUGUUUAUAACUUCAUAUUUCACCAAUAUUGUUUCAAAAACUACUUAAAAAUUCGCCCUCGGUUGGGAUCAGAGGGAAAAAAACACACCUUUGAGUCUAUAGGAGUCCGUUUGUUUUCAUUGAAUAAGCUCGAAGCAAUGACUUGUGCUAAUCCUAAUAAGCUGGUGAUUAGGUAAACAUGCUGCUAAAUGCAAAGGAAUGCGAGGAAUUUCAAGUACUUUUCCACUAGCAUGAGGACCAAGCUGCCCCAUCCCCCUUUCCUUCUUAUAAUAUACAUUAUAUCGAUGGAGGCAGAAGCAGUUGAUAGAGUUGGCUAUCCAGAAGGUCAAAGGCUAGCUGCAGAGGUUUCCUGAAAGAAAAGGACCUGAAUCAUAGGUCUAGGAGAGGUUGAGAAGGCUGCGUCAAUGUUUGUGAAAAUGUUGGUAGCCUGUUUUAGAAGAACCUACAUCUUUAGAAAGCGCUGACAAUAAACCUUUUAUAGAGAGAAGUUUUCCUUUCAUCGACCCUCUUGGCUCCUGUUCAAAUGCACAGUAAAAUAUUUCAGUCUGCACUUGGUUAAGAGAGUACUUGAAUUUUUAGGCAAUAAGAGAAAGUGCUUUCAAAGGGGAGGAGGGGGACAGUUCCCAGGGUCUUAUAAUGGUGAUUUUUCAAAAUAGUUUAAUUUUGAUGCUUUAAUGAAGACCUACAGAAAAGCAAUGCCUUAGCACUGGUUUUAAAGCCUUACUGAAAUGUGUAAAGGUGAACAUAAAUGUGUUGGUAAAAUUUAUGGGCAAAGGCCUUCACUCUUCUGAUUUUGACAAUGUCUCGCUUGAAAUAUUAUAAUCUGUGCCUAUGCGUUGUAGUCAGUGUUUCUUGCCUGAGGCAUUCAAAUGUAAGGUAUUUGAGAAUUUAAACACCACCUGGUUCAGUCUUGGAUGCAGUUAAACUUGUCAGUGCAAUAUAAUAUGUGAAACAUAAUAAAGGUGUGAGGUUUUUGAGGUGCA